GCCGCGGGGAGGGCCUGUCGGUCGGCGCUGCGGCAACAUGGCGGGGCGGCCUAUGCAGGCAGCGAGGUGUCCCACUGAUGAGCUGUCCUUAACCAACUGUGCUGUGGUGAAUGACAAGGACUUCCAGUCUGGGCAACAUGUUGUGGUGAAGACCUCUCCCAACCACAAAUACAUCUUCACACUGAGAACCCACCCCUCGGUCGUCCCUGGCAGCAUUGCCUUCAGCUUGCCCCAGAGAAAAUGGGCCGGCCUUUCCAUCGGGCAGGAGAUCGAUGUUUCCUUGUACACUUUUGACAAGACCAAGCAGUGCAUUGGCACCAUGACCAUCGAGAUCGACUUCCUGCAGAAGAAGAACAUUGACUCCAACCCCUAUGACACAGACAAGAUGGCUGCAGAGUUCAUCCAGCACUUCAACAGCCAGGCCUUCUCCGUGGGCCAGCAGCUGGUGUUCAGCUUUAAUGACAAGCUGUUUGGGCUGUUGGUGAAGGACAUGGAAGCCAUGGAUCCCAGCAUUCUCAAGGGGGAGUCUGGAACAAGCAAAAAGCAGAAGAUCGAGGUUGGUUUGGUUCUUGGAAACAGUCAAGUUGCCUUUGAGAAAGCUGAGAACUCUUCUCUCAAUCUCAUUGGUAAAUCAAAGACCAAGGAGAACCGGCAGUCGAUCAUCAACCCCGACUGGAAUUUUGAGAAAAUGGGCAUUGGAGGCCUGGAUAAAGAAUUCUCAGAUAUUUUCCGAAGGGCUUUUGCCUCACGAGUUUUCCCACCUGAAAUUGUGGAGCAGAUGGGCUGCAAGCACGUCAAGGGGAUCCUGCUCUACGGGCCCCCGGGCUGCGGCAAGACGCUGAUGGCGCGGCAGAUCGGCAAGAUGCUCAACGCCAGGGAGCCCAAGGUGGUCAACGGGCCCGAAAUCCUCAACAAAUACGUGGGGGAGUCCGAGGCCAACAUCAGGAAGCUGUUUGCUGAUGCAGAGGAGGAGCAGAGGAGGCUCGGAGCCAACAGUGGGGUGCACAUCAUCAUUUUUGAUGAGAUUGAUGCCAUCUGCAAGCAGAGGGGCAGCAUGGCUGGCAGCACUGGCGUGCAUGACACCGUGGUGAACCAGCUGCUCUCCAAAAUCGAUGGUGUGGAGCAGCUCAACAACAUCCUGGUCAUUGGAAUGACCAACAGACCUGACCUGAUUGAUGAGGCCCUGCUGAGGCCGGGGAGGCUGGAGGUGAAGAUGGAGAUUGGCCUGCCAGACGAGAAGGGCCGAUUCCAGAUCCUGCACAUCCACACAGUGAGGAUGAGGGAGCACCAGCUGCUGGCUGAGGAUGUGGACAUUGCAGAGCUGGCAGUGGAGACCAAAAACUUCAGUGGUGCUGAGCUGGAAGGUUUGGUUCGAGCUGCUCAGUCCACUGCCAUGAACAGACACAUAAAGGCCAGCAACAAAGUGGAGGUGGACAUGGAGAAGGCAGAGAGCCUGCGUGUGACCAGAGGGGAUUUCUUUGCAUCCUUGGAGAAUGAUAUCAAACCAGCAUUUGGAACCAACCAGGAAGACUAUGCCAGCUACAUCAUGAAUGGGAUCAUUAAGUGGGGGGACCCCGUGACGAGGGUGUUGGAUGAUGGGGAGCUGCUGGUGCAGCAGACCAAGAACAGCGACCGCACGCCCCUGGUCAGCGUGCUGCUGGAAGGCCCCCCCCACAGUGGGAAGACUGCUUUAGCAGCAAAAAUAGCAGAAGAAUCCAACUUCCCCUUUAUCAAGAUCUGUUCUCCUGACAAGAUGAUUGGGUUCUCUGAAACAGCCAAGUGCCAGGCCAUGAAGAAGAUCUUUGAUGAUGCCUACAAGUCCCAGCUCAGCUGUGUUGUUGUGGAUGACAUUGAGCGACUUUUAGAUUAUGUCCCAAUUGGACCUCGGUUCUCCAAUCUGGUCUUGCAGGCCCUUCUGGUGCUGCUGAAGAAAGCCCCCCCUCAGGGCCGCAAGCUGCUGAUCAUCGGCACCACGAGCCGCAAGGACGUCCUGCAGGAGAUGGAGAUGCUCAAUGCCUUCAGCACCACCAUCCACGUGCCCAACAUUGCCACUGGGGAGCAGCUCAUGGAGGCUUUAGAGCUCCUGGGUAACUUCAAAGACAAGGAGCGCAGCACGAUUGCGCAGAACGUCAAAGGGAAGCCUGUCUGGAUCGGGAUCAAGAAGCUGCUGAUGCUGAUAGAAAUGUCCUUACAGAUGGAUCCUGAGUAUCGGGUGAAAAAGUUCUUGGCUCUUCUGAGAGAAGAAGGAACAGUCCCUACCCUAGACUGAAGGUGGACCAAGUGCAAGAUCAACAGCUGGAAAAGUGACCAACCUGGAGAACAAACACUGGGAUCUUUACUCUUCUGUGCUCAACACACUGGACAAAGUGAAAUGCUCCCUUGAUCCCCAGAGCCCCAUGUGGAACCUGCAUGUGUAGUGCAAUAGAGUAUCUUUAUUCUUUGUCUUUGAUAUUCUGAUGUCACGUGGAAGUGUCUCUAGCACACUGUGCUUCUGUCUCUGUGCAGCCAGGCUGCUUUUUGGGGUGAGCAGGGGGGAAUGUCCUGUGAGGUGUGGGGCUGACCCUCACUUGUCUCCAGCAUUCCUGCAGUGGGAAGGAGAUCCUGGCUUCCAGUAAACCUGCCAGUCUGGUGGGGGGAUGUUGAAGCACUGCUCUGGCUUACCCUGGUCAGGUGAAGGCUUUCUGUGGUGUCACCCCACCCCUCACUGAACCUGAGCCAGACCCACACCCACUCAGUGCCCGGGAGAGCCUGGGUGCUGCACCCACUCUGUUUAUAUCCAGGUGUUUUGGGGCCUGAUGGGACACUGCUGGUGGCACUGGGGACUGGAAGAGGGCAGGGAAGUGUUGAUCAGAGUAGAGGAGAUUUCCAAAUCCAGUAUUUAAGGCAUCAAAUCUUGUUGUUAAUUCAACAGCAGUUUUAGAGAUGCUGGUUCCAGCCUCCAGCUCUUCCUGAGUUCCUGUAGUUGGCAGCUUUGGUGUCCUCCAGCCUCAUUUUUUCCCUUUUUCCUGCCAUGUUACCAAAGGUUGAAAUUCCUCCUUAGAGACAGAGGGGAAGCCAAGCUCUGCAGGUGCAGGAGAUGUGUGUUGCCAUGUUUUUGCACUGAAAUAAAGGAAUGUAUCAAACCUUGCUCCCGCUCCUUCCCGCAGCCCUGCGGCCUCAGGAGAUGCUGAGGCUGCUCCCCCUGGCCUCCACCCCUUCCAGAGGGCUCCUGGAACAUACCUCAGUGUGCUGCUGGGGCAUGAAAUCAAAGCCAUUUUGCAGAUUUAGUCAGUGUAGCUUCCUGAACUGGAGCAGACCCCCAGUAAGGGCUCCGUGGAGUGCAGGGUGUUCCCAGGGAAGGAGGGUCCCCACGUCCUGCCAGGCCCAGGGGACCCUGCUGUCCUCAGUGUGCUCACAGCAGGUGGAGUUCAGCCACUCCACUCUGCUCCUCUGGCACUGCUGUUGUGUUGUGAUGCUGUUGUGAGUCCCAGUGGUGGUUCCCUCUCAUUUUGUGUAUGAUCUUGUGAAUUUAUUUGUUCCUCCCUUCCCUCUGCCAGUCUGAGUGGCAGCAGCACACAGUAACUUAUAUUUCAGAGCAAAUGAUGUAAACCUUAUCGUGUCUGUGUCCAGAACUAUAUUGAUGAAUAAAUAUCUGGUUUAAUUGCACAUUCAAUGGAUUCAAUAAAAAAGCACAACUCCUUG